AUGAACAGCGAAUUUACAAGCGAAAGCUUGAGCACGUUUGGAGGGAGCACAAAUCGCUGGUGUCGGGUUCCAGGAACCCAUUGGGAUCCUUGUCGGGCAGAGGACCACUGCAUCAGGCAGAGGGGUGACGAGGAUGGAUGGGACAUUGCCAGCAGAGAGCGGCCCACCUGGGGAAGACAUUCCCUCCUUCGAUGCAUGGGUAGCAUGGGCGUCUGCAGGACCGCUUGCAGGAAGAUAGAGCAUACCUACUUCUACUGCAGAAAUUACCAGUCGUGCUGUCUCCAGUCCUUCAUGAGGAUAAAUGUGGCUGGCAAAGACGAACCUGGUGUUUUGUCCUACGCAAAGCACUGGCCCAAGAUACCCUGAAUGUUGGUGAUCACCCUCCUCAAACUCAGACCUGCCAUCAUUCCCCUUCAUUAAAAUUCAUGCACCUGC